AUGGAGGUGCUGUCUCGUUUGCUUGACAAGGCAGAAUCUGAUGGUUCCUUUAGGCUACAUCCGCUGUGCUCCUCCCCUAAGCUUACUCACUUACUGUUUGCGGAUGACCUUUUGGUCUUUUCUGAUGGGUCUCGUGCUUCUACGGCUGGGAUCAAAUCAGUUAUGAAUCAGUUUAAAGAUUGGUCUGGACUGGAUACUAAUGAGUCUAAAACGGAGAUAUUUUAUGGAGGUUAUACAAACACUCAAGCUUCUGUGCUAAGUGAUUUAUCAGGUUUCAGACGUAGUGAGUUUCCGACAAGAUAUCUUGGUUUGCCUCUAAGCCCCAAAAGAAUCUCGGCUGCUACUCUUCAGCCCUUCGUUGAUCGUAUAACCUCAAAGCUCCAUUCCUGGACGGUCAAGUUUUUAUCUUUUGCGGGCAAAGUUACGAUGAUAUAUUCGGUUAUCUGCAAUAUGGUUAACUUCUGGAGUUCUAUCUUUGUGCUUCCCAAAUGA